CUUCAACCAAUCGAAUUUUAAGGUUGAUAUCAGAAACGCGACGAACGCCAAAAUGUGGACGGCGCGACAACUUCAUCCACCAAAAUCCUGGCCUCCUAACACCAUCUCCACCACCGCCGGAACUCCUCAACGGCGUCACUCCACGCUCUUCGUGGGAACACCGGGCAGCGGCCGUACUUUUUUACACGCGGUUAUUAGCACAGCCCUAAAGUCCGAUCAGCUUGUAAAGGCCCCCAAAUCGGAGGCGAAGACAAUACCGAGCGGCGCCGACGUACUGAGAGCACUGGAAAUUGCCGCGGCUCAAAGAGCUAAGAAAAAGAAGGAGAAGAAGAGGGAAGCAGGGACAGUUUCGAGAAAAACAGAGAAUCAAGGGCCUCCUCGCAAUUUAGAUGCCGUCAGGCCCCUAUCUGUGAAAUCCGAAUGGGACGAUCGAUUGGAGGAAUUAGAAAGGAGGCUGGAGCAGCUUGCGACUGGCAAAAGGCAAGGAGGAAAAACUAAAAAGCAUAGAAGCGAAAAAAUCCUUUGGUGCAGAGAGAAGGGGGAAAAUGGAGAUUGGCCUUCUAAUCGCAAAUCCAGGACCCGCCAGAACCGCCGCUUUCAUGAGCGGCGCCGCCAUUUCCAGCAGUAAAUUUCCCCAGUUUCUUCCUAAAAAUUGCAGCAGUAGUUUGAAAGCGCAAGCGUCCUCACAUCACAGUCUAUCGAGCAAUUGGGAUGUUUCAAAUUACAGCAGUAAUUUGAACGCGCAAGCGUCCUCAAAUCACAGUCUAUCAAAUUAUGCUGCUCCUUCAUGGAUGCCGAGAUUCGAGGAGCUUGAUACCACAAACAUGCUUCUUCGUCAGAGAAUAAUCUUCUUGGGAAAUCAGAUAGACGACAUGUCAGCUGACUUCGUCAUUAGUCAGCUACUGUUGCUCGACUCUGAGGACAACAAGAAAGACAUCAGAUUGUUCAUUAAUUCACCAGGUGGCUCUGUAACUUCUGGAAUGGGUAUUUAUGAUGCCAUGAAAUUGUGCAAAGCCGAUGUAUCGACUAUCUGUAUGGGUAUUGCUGCCUCCAUGGGUGCAUUCAUUCUUGCUGCUGGUACAAAAGGAAAGCGGUUUUGUAUGCCGAAUGCGAGAGUGAUGAUCCAUCAGCCACAUGGAGGAGCUGGAGGCAAAUUAACAGAGAUGACCAUCCGCGCGAAAGAAAUGUGUUAUCACAGAGUCAAGAUCAACAAGAUACUGUCCAGAGUCACGGGGAAACCUGAACAGCAGAUCGAAUUAGACACCGAUUGUGAUAAUUUUAUGGAUGCUUGGGAGGCAAAGGCAUACGGGCUGGUGGAUGAGAUCAUCGAUGAUGGCAAGCCCGGAUUAGUUGCUCCCAUUGGAGACCUGUCACCUCCACCAAAAUCCCUCUUGUUGCCUCUAUGGAAAUUAGAACUCAGUAAAGAGAGCAAGAAGAAUUUACCAUCCGAAGAAAAACUUCUACAAAACGGUCUCGUGGGCGAAAGCAUAGGCACUGAAGAAGAAGAAGAAGAAGACGAAGAGGAAGAAGACCAGUGAAAAAGAAUUUCCUAAUUUUCAGUAGUUCAAAUAAUGUAUUUGUAUUUACCUUCUUACUAAUUGCUAAAGUCAAAGUUUAUAUUAUUCUAAAUUCAGAAAUUUCUUAAAUUCCUAAUUCUCAG